AUGUUCAAGUGGCUGCUUAUCACUGCUCUACUCGGAGGUUUACUUCUUGCAAAUUCCUGUAAAGCUGAUGAGGAUGAAGUCGAAACAUCGGGAUCGACUACGCCCAAAGUUGAUGAUGAUAUUGGCAAACAUACUGAUGGAUUGAAAACCGACGAUGAAGUUGUUCAAAAAGAAGAAGAAGCCAUUAAACUUGACGGCUUGAGUGCGAAAGAAUUUCGAACAUUAGUUGAUUCGUCGGAGAAACAUCAAUUUCAAACCGAAGUCAAUCGUAUGAUGAAACUGAUUAUUAACUCAUUGUACAAGAACAAGGAAAUCUUUCUACGUGAAUUAAUCUCGAAUGCGUCGGAUGCACUCGAUAAAAUCCGGUUUCUCUCUCUUACUGACAAGACAGUACUUGGUGAUAAAGAAGAACUAACCAUACGAAUCAAAGUUGACCGAGAAGAUCGCAUGAUUCACAUAACGGAUACGGGUAUUGGUAUGACUAAAGAUGAAUUGGUGAAGUUCUUGGGCACGAUUGCUAAAUCUGAUACAUCAGAAUUCUUGAACAAAGUACAAGAUGUUCAAAGUGAAGGAAAAGGUGGAACAUCAAUGAAUGACUUAAUUGGUCAGUUCGGUGUGGGAUUUUAUUCAAGUUUUCUCGUCGCUGAUAAAGUUAUUGUCACAUCAAAACAUAAUUCGGACGACCAGUAUAUUUGGGAAUCAGAUUCGACAUCGUUCAAAGUGUUCAAAGAUCCUCGAGGAAAUACACUUGGACGGGGAACAACAGUCAGUCUUCAUUUGAAAGAAGAAGCAGGUGAAUUUCUACAACAACCAUUGUUCGAAGAUAUCAUACGUAAAUAUUCGCAAUUCAUUAACUUUAAUAUCUAUUUGUGGAGAUUUACAACAACAAAAGAAAAGGUUCCUGAAGAUGAAGAAGAAACUCCUGCAGAAGAGAAGAAACCUGAAGAGACUGCACCGAAAGGAGAUGAAGACGCCGCUGUCGAAGAGGACAAAGAAGAAGUGAAGAAACCCAAAAAGAUGAAAACAGUUGAUAAAACUGUCUGGAAUUGGGAGUUGAUGAACGAAAGUAAACCCAUCUGGCAGCGAAAACAAUCUGAAAUCACUGAAGAAGACUACGUUGCAUUUUACAAAUCAUUCUCAAAAGAUACAGAUAGUCCAAUGAUUUUCAGUCAUUUUACUGCCGAAGGUGAAGUGACGUUCAAAUCGAUUCUCUAUGUUCCAAAAUCUGCCCCAUUUGAUUUAUUCUCCAAUUACAACCAUGCGACUGAUGCCAUCAAACUUUACGUACGUCGAGUGUUCAUUACUGAUAACUUUGAAGAAAUGAUGCCGAGAUACUUAUCAUUCAUUCGUGGUGUUGUCGACAGUGAUGAUUUACCAUUGAAUGUUUCUCGUGAAACUUUACAACAAUCGAAAUUACUCAAAGUUAUCAAGAAAAAACUCGUCCGCAAAGCUCUAGAUAUGUUAAAGAAGAUCUCCCCGGAAGAUUACGAAAAGUUCUGGAAAGAAUACGGUACAAACAUCAAACUAGGCAUUAUCGAAGAUACAUCCAACCGAACACGUCUAGCAAAAUUACUUCGUUUCACCACAUCGUUAUCGAAAACCAAACAGUACAGUUUAUCCGAAUAUAUUGAACGUAUGAAACCUAAGCAAGAGCAUAUCUAUUUCAUUGCGACCAUGUCCUAUGAAGCGGCAGCAAGAUCACCAUUCGUCGAACGUAUCAUCAAGAAAGGUUACGAAGUACUUUAUCUGACCGAUCCUGUUGAUCAGUAUUGUAUGCAAUCUUUACCGGAAUUCGAAGGCAAGAAAUUUCAAAAUGUUGCGAAAGAAGGCUUAGAAUUAGACAAAACUGAUGUCAAAUCCGAAGAAGAAAAGAAACGUUUGGACAAAAUGUAUCAACCGCUGUUAACAUGGCUGCAAGAUCAAUUACGAGACAAAAUUCUCGAUGCCAAAGUAUCCGAUCGUCUAGUUCAAACACCGAUGGCACUUGUAGCUUCGCAGCACGGCUAUGAUGGAAAUAUGGAACGUAUUGCUCGUGCACAAGCUUAUCAGAAGAGCGGCGGUGAUUCGACGAUGAAUUAUUAUUUGAAUCAAAAGAAGACUUUAGAAAUUAAUCCACGCCAUCCACUAAUCAAAGAUUUACUUCGUCGAGUCGAAGAUUCCAAAGAUGAUAAAGUCGCUGUUGAUCUAGCCAAUGUUAUGUUCGAAGCGGCAACACUCCGAUCCGGUUACGAACUGAAAGAUACAGCUGGUUUCGCUGAUCGAAUUGAAUCCAUGCUACGGCGAGCAAUGAGCGUUUCGAUGGAAGAAAAAAUUGAUGAAGAGCCAGAAGAAGAAGACAACUAUCUGAGAAAACCAGAUAUAGCCGACGAAGACGAAAACGUCAUUGAUGAAGAUGAAUCAUAUACACAACCAGAAGGAUCAAAUAAGAAUUUCGAUACCACACGUGAUGAUCUGUGA